UGCGUCGAAAGGCCUCGUUUGUAUCUUCGAUUCUUUUUGAAAGCGUCCGCCGAUUCACGAUCGCCACUCUCUCCGGUCGUGUCCGCCUCCCAGUGCGCUUGAUUUAUAUCAUUCUCUCUUUAUCACUCCCAUUGGACGACUUGUUUCGCCCACCUUUUUUCACUCCUCGGUAUAUCCCCGUCGCAGGAUCGAUCGAACCCUCCCGGAUACCGACCGAUACACACCGUUUCGACGUUGAACGUUCAUUUAAAACCAGUGCAAACUAGCCGCUAUCACUGCAAAGACAGUGUCAAAGCUAAACCACUCUCCCUUUUUCGGAAACCCGCAACUAGACGUCGCAAUCCUGCUCUAGAAGUUGGAACUCUUACGCUCAAGGACUGGACUCCUUGUCUCACUACAUAUCCAACAAACAAACCAAACCAAAUACACCCUCGCACGACUCACUCGCAAACCUCACUCAACUGGCACCUGCUGGCAAAGAUUUACUGCAAAAUUGUAGCCUGUCUCUGCUAUCUUGAGUCAGUGCAACUACGCUCGAGCAUCCCUCCAUCACAAGACGCCUCAAAAUUAAUUCACAUUGGAUGCAACCUGCCUCACCACCAGCACCUCCAAGUUGCAUAUAGCCCGCCAAACCGCCGAAUUUCGCAACAGACAAGUCAAGGAAUAACCGUUGAAAAUUUUCAAAAUGUCGCUUUCUCGCGCCUUCACCACCCGCAAGAACAAGCUCAGCGGGCAUCAUGAUCUUCUCGACAUGACCAAGUCGCCCCAGCGCAGCAACUCGGCCCGCGACCGACACCACCUCCCGAUUCUGCGCCACAAGAUCUCUGGCCCCAUCCAGCUCAUUCACACCACAAACAUGCUCUCCUACAACGCCCCCGACAUCCCGCAAGCCCUCCGCAGCAAGUCUUCUCUCCGAUCUGAAGACUCUGAGGCGCCCUCGACUGCCGAAUCGACACCGCCGACAAGCCCCGAUGUCUCGCCUGUGGAGGAUUGCCCUGGCCCCGAGCCGAAUCACCUGUCAACCUACUUCAUGGUCUCAGACAAGCCCGUCGUGGCACUGCCCAAGAUCGCUGAAGCUCCCGCCAUCCCUAAGCGAUCGCCCUCUCACACCAAGCAGAACUCAUACGAGGCCAUUGCCCGCCAACGAUCCGUCUCGCGUAUGUCUAAGGAUUCUGAGCACUCCGUGUCGACCAAGGCCAGCUUCUCCUUCUCACGAUCAUCCUCCACCUCGACCCGAGCCUCAUCAGCCUCUUACGCCUCAGCCGGCCAGACCCAGAAGCCUGCAGCAAAGCCCGCACCCGCGCCGGUGGCCGCCCCAGCUCCUCCGCCCUCAUUCCAGCAGCGAACUCCUCUCAAGGACUCACACCCGUUCGGUCAAGAGCUAGCGCAGGUGACUGAGCUCGCCGAGGAGUACAGCGCCAAGACAUCAAACAGCAAGGACGACGAUGAGGAUUCGAAAUACAUCAAGUCCAAUGGCCUCCACAAAUUCACCGCCGAAGACUACCUGGGCGAUGUCCAAAGUCUCCUGUCCAGUUUCUUCCCAGAGGUGUCACACGCCAAGCCAACAACACCCCUAUGGAUCUAGAUAACCCACAACUCACCACCGGCAUGCCGGUUUCUCUAUUCGGCUGUACAUAUUUGAUAGAAAUCUUACGACCACGAAGAGGGUGCGGGGCGCAACAACAAAAAGUCCUGGGCAGGACGAAUGGUGGAUGGAUGAGCAAGGUACAUAACUCGGGCGCUGUAUACAGCGACAUUUACUCUCUCCCUUGAAAAAUUUCCUUUUUUUAUGUCUGGUCUACCUUUCAUGUGUUGGGCUUUUGGAGGAAAGGAAAGGAAGGGAAGGGAAGGAUUGGGAAUGAUGGAUGGAAUACCAUUGAUUGUGACCGACGCUUGGCUAGGCACUAUUCCCUGGCUGGAGUCGGCGAUGGGCGUUGAAACGGGAAUGGGAAUACCUCUUUUUUUCUUUUUGAUCGACUUGUUCAUGAUGUGUAUCUUAUGAUGUGGAUACAGUACCGCUCUCUCUCACGCCAUACACGGCAGCAUUUCAUUUCACUUGACAUUACUUUCUCUCAUUACCGAUUCCCGAAUCGUGAA